UAUGGUGUAACAUAUUAAAAGAAAAUCAUUUUUGAUGACGGUAGCCCUUCAUUUAUAAUGUUGACUUGCUAGGGGCCCUCCAUUAAAAGUUUACAAAAUAAAACGCUAAUUCUUACCUAAAAUCUUAAGCAUAAUUGCAAUUUCACUACGAAUUGUCAUAAAAUCAAAUCGAUAUGAAAAUAAGGAUGAAAUAAAUUUAAAAUUAGAAAAUAAUGUUUUGCUCUUUGUGAACUAUAUCACAUAAAGUAAUCUUAUGUUCUCACAUUUUUUUUCUACGAACCCCUGCCCCCCCCCCCCUUACUGUUUAUUCUGUUGUAUAACACCUUGGUUCUGACACUAUCACUAAGAACCAUUCAAACUAAACUUGCCUAGAGAGUAUUCUUAAGAAUGAAAUGUUGAUGUUUUUUGCAGAGAAAGAAAAUUAUUGUUCUUUCGGGCUUUUUUGUUUUGGGUGCUCUUUCGAGUAGCUUUGCUGGGUAGCACCAUCUCGCAGCUAUGCAGGGAAUAACCUUCAACAAAAAGAUGAACUUAAGAAAAUUUUCAAUAAUCUUUCAUUCUGUUUUCUGUACGAAUCAAGUGUAUGUUGAAUGGAAUUGAAUUUUCUGUAAAAAUUGGCGUUCAAUGGCGGAAAAAUCCUCUACAAAAUUAGCAGUGGAAUUUAAAUGACAACAGAAUAGAUUGUAUACGUGAUAUUUACAGUUGUUUUAUGGGUUUCAUAGUCUAGCUCUGCCUUUAGUGCUCCUGUCGAUACUUGAUCUAAACGAAUAUAAAAACACAAAAGAUACGAAACACAAAAAACACAAAAAUUUCACUAAAGAUACCGCAAGUCAGACCAUAGUAAACCGUGGAAAAACAACCGUGCUUUCUAAUGCUUACUGUUUGUUCUUAUCAAGGACCAUCGUCUAAUAUCGGUUGUAAGGCAAACAACCAACGCAAGCUUUUCCUUUUGAUUCAAUGAAAAUCUAAAAAUAAAAAUUUCAUAUUAAUCGUUUUAUUCGUAAUUCGAUUGUUUAUUCCAUAGCAUAAACACGCAAUUAAUGAAACAAUUUGGUAAACAUUUGUCCAUGCAAAACUAAAUGGUGUAUCUGAUAAAUGCUUUCCCAGACUACCAUUCUCAUUCGAAAACAUGUAUUCAAUUUUAUUUUGAAUCUCUUUUUAUUACCGCUUCCAUUGGUACUCGCCGCGUCCAACUCUUGAAAAAAUUCAAUACACGGCGCGUAUAAGAGGAAAUAAGGUUUUGAAGAAAUUUUUAGAUCUUGAUGACCGAACCUAUGUUAAUUUUAUGACUAUAAUUUUCAAAGCUUUUUACGUUUCUUAAUGUUGAGUUAGCUUUAUUCUUUUUAACUGAGAGGGCCAUUGCAGAAAAGGAUAUUGUAGUGACGUCACUCGUGGUUUUUACACCAAGUACUUCAACCAGCAUUCCGACGCGGUAAAUUCGAUGGAAUAUUUACAACGGAUGCGAUCAAUGGCACAAUUCAAAAAGAGCACAAGAUAGCUGAUGUAUUAAAUAUGGCGGGUAAAGAGACAGUUAUAAUUUGAUGUGACAUACAUAAAAGUACACCAUUGGGUGAUACAUUUCAAUGCAUUGGACAUCUAUGAUAGCCAACAAUUUUUCUGGUAAUGAUACUUGAUCUUUUACUGGUGAUAUAUCAAAAUGAUGCCUGUAUACAGCCCUCGUGGCAAUACACAUGGUAUGUUUGGUGAUAUGACUCAAGGUGGGCAGUAUGAAAGCUACAAUCAACAGCUAUAUCAAGGUGGUGGUUUUAGUUUUCACAAAAGACAUGAGAAAAUUGAUUGGAGAAGGCUUGCCAUGGUUGAUAUUGAGAAAGUGAAAAGGGAAGUUGAUGUAAAAACACUACAGGACAAUGUUGCAAAUAUAGCAUUUUGUGAUGUUGAAAAUGAGCUGAGUCUGAGAGAAGCUGAUGCCAAUUUAGUGAAGCUAUUCAAGCUGGCACAGUUGCUGAUAGAAUAUCUUCUAAACUCUCAGCAGUACUUGGAAGGCUAUAUUGCUCAGGUUGAGAGUCAGAUUCAAAAAGCUGUUGAGGAGAAAAGUAACUUGAGUGCAGAGAUCGAAAAAAAGAAUAUGGCUUACCGUGGUCUGAAGAAGGAGCAUCAAAAAAAUAAAAAGCUGAUUGGAGAAUAUCAGCUAAUGCUCCGAGCGGGUGCCAGUAAGUUCCAUAAGUGUCCGUUUUGCAUAAAGUCGUUCUUAAAUGAUGAAUUUUUGAAAGCUCAUAUAUUGCGAAGACACUCUGAGCAGUCAGAAAACAUUAAGAUCGAUGCAACGCCUGUUCAAAAAAAUGUUAUUGAUACAAACCGCACUGGACAGCAAGGCAAGUCUGUUGACAACGAAGAGCUUGUCAAAGAGUUAAGCCACAUCACAUCAAAGCUACAGGAAACAGAGGCUCGAUUGGUGGCAGAAAGAGAAGAGAGAGAUCGUAAACUAGACGCUGAAAGAGAAAUGGAAUUUAAAAAGAUGCAAGAAUACUCGCGAAGUGAAUUAGCGGGUAAAGACAAAGAAAUCGCAGAUAUGAAGGUUCUGAUAAAAAGUCACAAGGAUAUGUUUCUGGACGAAAUUCGACAGCUACGUGCGGACAGAAACACGCUGCAGCAGAAAUUCGACAAUUUGUCAGAAAUCCAAGGAACGAAGCCAUCAAUGCUAGGAAAUCUACAGGAUGUUACUGGAGAAUCACACCAUGAGCCAGACAUGGCGCAGAUCAAGGAGCAGCUGCAGAAAGAGCUAACGGAGUCGUACCAAGAACAAUUAGAAAAAGUAACGAGGGCUGCGAGAAGAAGAGAAGACCAGAUGAAGAAGGUGCAUGCUGAAGAACUCGACAAGUUUUCGUCAUUGGUAACAAAAUAUGAAGAUUCGUUAAAAAGAUCGGAGCUAGAGAAGAGUGAAAUGGAAGCCAAAUUUUUAAAAGAGCUGCAGUUAAAUAGCAUGAAAUUCCAAGAAAUGGUGGGCGAACAGCAGACCAAGCUUUCCAAAAUGGAAGAACGUCUCAACACAAAAGGGCGAAAAGAUAUUGCUGAAGAGGAGACCAUUUUUGAAUCAAAUACAACGCCAAAUGCUGUUUUUGCCUCGACACCAAUGAUAAAACGAUCGUUAGAGGACUCAAAGCAAAGACCAGACCAAGAUGGCACAAUUAUGCUCUAUGUUGCUUCGAAUGCAAAGAACAACUUCCGCGUUUGGAAGACCCCUUCACCAAGCUCAAGUGAAUGGAAAGAUUCCUUCGACUUCAGAGCACAAUCAAGCGGAAAAGGACAGUUUAACAAACCGAUUUAUGUCUACUAUGCCAGUGGAUCUCCAUAUUGGAGACAAUAUGUAUCUAUAUCAUCAACACCGCCACGCUCAUCGUACAAAUUGGACUUUGUGUUUUACGUUUCGACGUUACAGUUAAUGGGAACAGUAAAACUGUUCGUCCUUGAUGCUGGAAGUGGUGACGUAGUCAAGUCGAUGAUCUCAAAGAGCGAAAUCUAUCCUGGAUGGAAACAGAAGGGACUGUCGUUCUUUGCAUUAAAAGGGCCGUCAAGUCAAAAUCUGGCGAAAUCCGUCUCAUUCCAAAGCACUUUCAACGAAUCAGAGCUCGAUUCAGCUGAUGACGUAUCAGUUUCUAGCUAUGCAGCAACAGAAGACGCAAAGAAGGAUUUAGCAGCAGCAAUAGCAAGGAGUCGUGAAGAUCUUUUUAAAGAUGUAAAGGAAGACAUUGUCACCAAAGAAGUCGAGAAAACCAUGGAUGAUUCAGAGAUGCUUGAGGAAGAAGAGGAGGAUGCCACAUUUGACGAAGCAGAUGGGGCUUUAAUCGCCACUGGAAGCACAUCGCAAUGGGGAUCGACUUUGUUACAGACUGGCCAAUUUCUGCCAUUUCCAAACAACCCUUUAGCCGUUGCUCGGUAUAAUCACACAAAAGAGAUGAUUGACUCGUGUCGAGAAGAAGCCGUAGAAAUCUUGAAUCUGAACCUGGAGAAGCGAGGAAUUGAUCUCGAUGCUGCUGGUAUGACUGGCGAGCAGUACGAGUCAAAAAUGAAACUGCAUGUGAAUGAAGUAAACACCAUGACGAAGAAGCGCCCAGAAGAACUUGCCAAAAGGAAGAGACUGUAUGAAGACAUUGACAAGCUAGCAAGAGAAGCACUUGGAAUCAGCGAAGAACCAAAAUCAGCAGAAAAAGCGAAAAGCAAGCUGAAAAGUGCAGUUAACAAGAUAAAGAAUGCUUCCAUAUUUGGUAGGACCAGUCCUAGAAAGAAAGAUAAUAAGGAAUCCAGUAGUCGACCUACCAGCUUUAUAAAUGAGUCAUUUGACGAACCACCUUCACCCAAGACUCCGAAGCUGGCGAAGUCGAACCAAAGCAUCGAAGAACUUAAACCCUUGCCUGAACCAAAGUCAACACCAAAGCAAGAACUUGAAUCUGAUACCAACGAUGCAGUUUUUGAUGACAUCAGCGAUAAUUCUCAGUGGGAGUCAGAAGAAUCAGAUUACGAAAGCCAUAGUCCUCCUGGAGGCACAGCACUGCUACCGAAAGUCACCGUGGUAACUAAACCAGGAGAGAAAGAGAUGGGGACAUCUUCGCCAAAGGUUUCGAUGCGAGAGCCAAGAGGCGAAAAGGUCCGUGAUUUAGCUGCAAGCUUAGAGGCACGUCUGUUUGCAAGAGAGGGCAUCAAGAAACCGACUGGAGCCGUCGAUCUGCAUGACACGUUGAAGAGUGAGCAAGGAGAUUUCCAACAAGAUUCUAAGCCAAACAUUAAGAAAUUUGAUGAUGACGAUGAUGACGACUUCGAUGAUUUCGACCUUUCAUCCGCAAUGGAAGAUGACUAUCCAGAAAUUUCACCAACAAAGAGUGAAACAAAACGGCAAAAUUUCGCUUCUUCAAGGCCGCUGCCUCACGCCGGAAGCUCGUCAAAGUUGCAGGGAAGCCAAACCGCUAUCUCGAAAUUCACUGCGGAUGAUGAUUUUGAUAAUGACAGCGAUCUGGGACUGUGACCAAAAGAAAAAAUAUCUUGCCAAAGACAUAUUCCACCCAACGAUUGCUGUCAAAAAUGAUAAAGGAAAUCACACCCAGGGCAGACCCUCAGAAACAUUUAAAUCAAUCUCCCUCGCAAGUUAGGACUUCUUAAUUGUGUUUCCCAUUGCUGUUACGUUAAAGCUAACUGUUUGUACUUUACAAAGCGAACAUUUUUUUUUCGUUUUUUACUAGAUAUUUAAUAGAAUGGUUUCGAAGAAAUCAUCAUACUCGUUCGAUAAA